GUUCCGACAGCCACUGAGCGAGCAAAGUGCCCUGGCCGAAAAACUCUCACAUUGCAACUCUGUGUGUGUGAGAAGUGUGCGCGCGCGUGUGUGUGCUUGUGUGUGUGUGCUUGUGUGUGUGUGUGUGUGCUGACCCUCUGAAAGAAGAUGGCAGACUACCGGGACGACACCGGAGCUCGCGCCCUGCUAGCGUUACAGUCGGCACCAUGCAGUCCCGUGCGCGUUGCGGUGACCUCGCACGCUUAUCAGCCCUCCCUCGCCCUCUCGGGUCCCCCGAUUAUGGAAGCCCGGAGCGCCGGGAUGCUUCCCGUGCGCUUGGCGUCCCCUCCACGGGCCUUGGCCAGACUCGAGGGCCGGGACUUUGAGUUUGUCAUGCGCCAGAGGACGGUCACCAUCGGCCGGAACUCGUCCCACGGCUCCGUGGACAUCAACAUGGGCCAUUCAAGUUUUAUCUCGCGGCGGCACCUGCAAAUCACGUACGACGAGUCGACCGGGUUCUCGCUCCGGUGUCUGGGGAAGAACGGCGUGUUCGUGGACGGCGUGUUCCAGCGGAGAGGCGCGCCGCCGCUGCUGCUGCCCCGAGAGUGUGUGUUUCGUUUUCCCAGUACGGUUAUAAAGAUCCAGUUUGUGUCACUCCUGGAGGGUGAGGAGCAGAGAGAGAAGGAGCAGCCCUCUCCUCCCCCUCGGCCGCUCCUGCCCCAGAUCUCCCCGCUCAAAAUCAGCAUUCCCACAGUGCAACAACAUGAAGAGCACAUCAGGAACUUCGGCUCCCCGCUGCCCUCACCCACAGGCACCCUCAGUGUUCCUAACUCCUGUCCAGCCAGUCCACGAGGGGCAGGGUCAUCAGGGUAUCGCUAUGGACGCAACGUGACCUCUGACCUCCAGUUAGCAGCUGAGUAUGCUGCCAAGGCCGUUUCUGAGCAGAGACGAGGUAUCACUGAGCAACGGGGCGGGGCAAGUGAGCAGCGAGGGGAGUCAGCCGGCAGUGACAGCCCCAAGGAUGAGUCCAAGCCUCCUUAUUCCUAUGCCCAGCUGAUAGUCCAGGCCAUCUCUUCAGCCCCAGACAGACAGCUGACUCUCAGUGGCAUCUACUCACACAUCACCAAACACUACCCCUAUUACCGCACUGCAGACAAGGGCUGGCAGAAUUCAAUCAGACACAACCUGUCUCUGAACCGCUACUUUCUGAAAGUGGCUCGCUCUCAGGAUGAGCCUGGGAAAGGCAGUUUUUGGCGAGUGGACUCUGCCUCUGAGAGCAAACUGGUGGAGCAAGCUUUCAGGAAAAGACGGCAGCGAGGGGUGGCUUGCUUCAGGACACCCUUCGGACCCCUCUCUUCCAGGAGUGCUCCAGCAUCCCCAACCCACCAGGGCCUCCUCUCUCCCCCCUCCAGUGGGCUGCAGACUCCCGAGUGUCUGAGCAGGGAGGGAUCUCCUGUCCCCCACGACCAACAGGAGCAGCUCGCUAACAAGCUGGCAUCUGUCCCUGAGUAUAGAUACUCUCAGAGCGCCCCAGGUUCUCCGGUCAGUGCUCAGCCUGUUAUCAUGGCAGUGCCUCCUCACCCUACAGCUCUGCCCUCUGGCCUGGGGAAAGCCCUUGCCUUUGUUCCCGGUGGUGGGGGCCAAAUCCAGCCCCUCCAUGUGCUCCAGAACCCCCCACAGCCCCCUGUCACCAUGCUGCGGGUGGUUACCAGCGCCCCUCCAUCUUCCAACCCUCCCAAUGGGUACAGCGCCUCCUCUGCCUGCACUACCACGCCGGGACAGCAGGGAGGAGCAGAGGGCAACAAUGAGCUCAGAGAGGCCCAGCAGAACCGGGAGCGAGUGAUCCAGACAGUGGAAGGUGCAGUGCAGGGUGGGGAGGGGCGGAGCCUGGCCUUGGGUUUACAUCAACUUCCUGUUCGUCCUGUUACCCAGAAUGGCAAACACACCACUGCUGCUGUUGCCACAGCAACUGGCCUUACUAAUGCCUAUGGCCUGAGCAGUCCUCUGCAGAUCUUGGCAGCCCAGGCCUCCAGCUCUCCCCCAGUGCUGGUAAGCAGACAGCCCAGUGCAGGAGCUGAAGCUCUAGCAGAGCAGCCAGGCGAGCCUCAGCCCAAGAGGCCUAAGAUGGAGGAUGAGGAGGGGACUACUGACUCUGCUCCACCUCAAGUCACAGCCAGCCAGCAGCCUGUCAUUGUUGCCAUGACAUCACAAAGCCACGACCCCAGGAAGUAAAACCCAUGGCCCUGACCAGGUGCCUCAAGGACAAGCCUCCUUAUCAAGCCCUAACUGCUUUGCCUUUUAUACAGAUUUGAUACGACUGCAGCCAAAAUGGCCAAAAAACAGUCCGGGCAGCCUGUCACAAACAGAAGGGAAAUUGAUUAGAAGUAUUUUUCUCCAAAAACAAGAAUAGACUAAAAUGUUCAAAUACAUUUUGAAUUGAAAAGAUAAAAAGGAACUCUUUCAGGAUUUUGCAGCUGUCUUUUUAACGUUAUCUGUCAUUCACAGACAAUGCAAACAGGUAAGAACAUUGAGCUUAAUAGAGCAUUUUAUACACUCUGGUUCCUUUAGAGCUUCUUAAUCUCUGUGAAUGGUGGGUGGUAUUUUUGGAUACAACCUCUCCUCCCUUCCUCUAGUGGUGGAAUCAAAUGCAUCAGUUGCUGUCAUUUGUAGGCCAAAGAAAUUACCCAUGCUGCACCUGCAAUUUGAGUCACUGAAUUAAAUCUGGCAAAGAUGCAUGCAGACAGGUGAAACAUCUCUUACAGAUAUAGAGUCCACAUGCAUUGUGUAGUUUUGCACAAUCCUGGACAGAUGAACAGGGUGGAAUAGACUCAUGCAAGGUUGUUGGGGCUUUGGAGAAGGGAGAGUAUUUGGUAGGUGAUUUAUAAUUCAGUCCUUAACAGCUGAUUAGAACGGAAGGAUGAAACAGAAGAAAGCAGAUGGGUUGUUAUACAAGUAUCUCUUUGCAAACAAAGAAAAAAGGAAAGUUGUUAGCCUUAAGGCUGAGACCAGAAUCUCGCCCUCUCUUUAAAACACAAGAGAGGGGGUAGUAUGUUUGGAGAUUGGAAAAAAUCUGGAGAAAAUCUGGAGAAAAAUCCAGGAAUAACAAAAUCCAGACCUGCAGUUUCCAGUUUUCACUUCAGCUCAGCUCAGUUUGGUUCAUCAGUGUGAGGCCCCUCAUAUUAAAAAUACGCUUGGUGAUAUGAGAGUGUUUUUUUGUUUGUUUGUUUUGUUUUGUUUUUUAUUUGCAGCACUGGAGCAGCAAGGGGGGUGGGGGGACUAGUGGAAGUUGAUUGAAGUGGAUCUAACCUAAUGUAGACAAAUUGAUUGUUUUUUGUUAUAUUUCUUGUUUCAGUAGUAGUGAAAGGAGAGACGGAACAGCCUGUGUGUACUUUUUUGUUUUGUCUUAGCUCAGAAAAGCAUUAUUGUAAUAAUCCUUAAAGCCUUAAAUGUUUCUACAUUUUUUUUGGUCAUUUUAACGUUUAGACAGCUUUAACUUUUUAGAAUGUUAACACAGCGCUUCUUUAACAAUACAUGAUCUGCUACACUACAGUGUUGAUGAUGAUGAUGAUGAUGAUGAUGUUGAUGUUGAUGAUGACGAUGACAAUGUUGCAUCAGUAGACUUCUGUCAGUUUUAUCACAGGAAGGGCGGGACCAACACACAACCACACAAAUCUCACUUGGUCUCUCUUUUUUUUUUUCUUAAUUCUUUCCGUAUGCUACUUAUGACAUUUUCUUUUUCCUGGCUCCCCUUUUUGUCACUUGCUAUUUCUCCCCAAAUUCAGUCUCCCUUUCUCACUUUCAGCGUCUACUUCUCUCUCUCUCCUUCUUGUCUGUACUGAGGCAUCAAGCUGUUUGUGUCACAGACGCUCCCUCCCAUAUCCUUCAGCACUUUUCUCUCCCUUCUCUGUUCCUCUCAGUUUCUCUCAUUCCCACUCUGCCUUUAGCUUGUCCAAAUGUCCUUCACACAAGCCUAAUUUUUGCUGGCAAUCAGGCACAAUUUGCGCAAGUUUCAAUGUUUGUUGUUGCACAUUAUUAGAAAAAUGAAACAAAAAAGAUGCAUUAUGAUUGUAUGCUGCUCUUUCUAUCUGCUAAAUGACAAUACUAUUAGAAGGUAUUUUUUCCUAUUUUGAAAAAAAAAAAGAUAAAAAAAUAUUUUGCUAUCUACGAACAGCUGUCAUCAAACCAUAAACAUUCUGGAAAUAGAGAAGUAUAUGUGUAUUUUUAAAUGUUCCUGUUUUUUGUGAUUUGUUUAAGAAAAUGUGUAGCACAAAUUAAAAUUCCUUAUUGACUUA